CGCGGCGGCGGCGAGUUGGGCAUGCUCACUGGCGCCGGCUGGGCCGCAGCCCGAGCAGGAAGCGCCCGCGCUAGGCGGCCCUGUACUUUGCCUGCUAGAGCCAGGCGGAGCCCGCGCCCCGGCGCUGGGUGGCUCUGCUAGUCCCCGCGCGCCUGGAAGGCCGCACACGUGUCCAAGCGUCACGUCCGCGCGCGCCCCCGGGGCUUGCGUCAGCUGCUGCUCCAGAAGCUGGUGGGCCGGAACUCAGCGCAUCGUUUGGGUUUGGGGCCCGGACGCCGCUGGGAGGGCACCGCGCGGGGUCCCACGCAGUGGCGUGUUCGGAACGCCGGGGACGGUCUAGAGCGUCAGCGUGGUCCAGCCCCCUGCCUGUCCGGUGCUGAUCGUCUCCGCCGCCCGGUCCCGGGCCGGGCGCCGUGGCUUUGCCCCGGAGCUCGCUGCCCGCGGGGCGCGCACCGCCUUGAGCCGGGCGGCCCCGCGGCAGGCAAGAGCCCGCAGUUCCAUGGUUGUUUCGGAGCGCGAUGAGCCGCCCGUCCUCCACCGGCCCCAGCGCUAACAAACCCUGCAGCAAACAGCCGCCGCCGCAGCCCCAGCACGCUCCGUCCCCGGCUGCGCCCCCGGCCGCCGCCACCAUCUCGGCUGCGGGCCCCGGCUCGUCCGCGGUGCCCGCCGCGGCGGCUGUGAUUUCGGGCCCCGGCGGCGGCGGUGGCGGGGCGGGCCCGGUGUCUCCGCAGCACCACGAGCUGACCUCGCUCUUCGAGUGCCCGGUCUGCUUUGACUAUGUCCUGCCUCCCAUCUUGCAGUGCCAGGCCGGGCACCUGGUGUGUAACCAAUGCCGCCAGAAGUUGAGCUGCUGCCCAACGUGCAGGGGCGCCCUGACGCCCAGCAUCAGGAACCUGGCUAUGGAGAAGGUGGCUUCGGCAGUCCUGUUUCCCUGCAAGUAUGCCACCACGGGCUGUUCCCUGACCCUGCACCACACAGAGAAGCCAGAACAUGAAGACAUCUGUGAAUACCGUCCCUACUCCUGCCCUUGUCCCGGGGCCUCCUGCAAGUGGCAGGGGUCCCUGGAAGCUGUGAUGUCCCACCUCAUGCAUGCCCACAAGAGCAUCACCACCCUCCAGGGAGAGGACAUCGUCUUUCUAGCUACGGACAUUAACCUGCCGGGGGCUGUCGACUGGGUGAUGAUGCAGUCGUGUUUUGGCCACCACUUCAUGCUGGUGCUGGAGAAGCAAGAGAAGUACGAAGGCCACCAGCAGUUUUUUGCUAUUGUCCUGCUCAUUGGCACCCGCAAGCAAGCCGAGAACUUUGCCUACAGACUGGAGUUGAAUGGGAACCGGCGGAGACUGACCUGGGAGGCCACGCCACGGUCCAUUCAUGACGGGGUGGCUGCAGCCAUCAUGAACAGCGACUGCCUGGUUUUUGACACAGCCAUAGCACAUCUAUUUGCAGAUAAUGGGAACCUUGGAAUCAAUGUGACGAUUUCUACAUGUUGUCCAUGAUGCACCGUGCGGCUUUGGUAUACCAUCAAAAUUUGGGCAUAAUGCUCUGCGUUUAAUAAAGAUUUUUAUAGGCGUUUUAUUCCAUAUGUCUUCACAGGUCAGGACCCACAAUUACCCCAUUUUUUUUUUUUAAACAGCAGCUUCCCACCUGGCAUGGGCCUAAUGAAGUUCAUUAACCUGGGAUGGAUGGGGUUUGGCCCACUGGUGAUUUAGAGGCUGUUCUGUGAUCCAAAAUCAACUCUAUAAUUAAACCUUCCGUCCUGAACAACACUUUGACAGCUUGCUCAGGGCUCCUGUGGUCUAGUACGUUAGAAAUUGGAAGCUCCUUCCUUCCUGCCUGCCUUCCUGUGUCGGGCCCUCGACAUUGACAAAAGCACAGUGACUGUCAGCAGAUUCCUUUACUUUUAUUUUUAGGGGGUAGGAAUUGUUUUAAUACAUUUUUAAUAGUGUUUCACAGACGGGAUACCUGAUGAAUAUGCCUAGAAUCACCUUGCUCAUCUUAAAAUUGCAGAUUUUAGGGAGCCUAUGAAUUUUAACAAUCUUACCAGGUGAUUCAUCUCGACAGUCAGGUUUGAGAAUUACUGCGUUAAAUCGUGGGAAAGAGUCCAGAUUUAAAGGUGCUUUAAGAUUGCCCUAGGCUGACACUGUUUGUCUUUCUAUUUCAUCCCCUAACAUUCCCCCCACCCUCAAAUUAAAAUUAGAACUGCAGAUCUACGUGAACACACUGCUGAGGUUUGGUCACUCUUGUGCUUUGGGUGGACUGCCCAGGAAAGCAAGUCAUACGGCCAUUGAGAUUCUCGCGAGAUUAGUUUUUGCUCCCCACUAGUAUAGAAGGCCUGUUCACACGUGGCUUCCGCCGAAGGCCUUGCCUGUGGCGGGUGUGAAAGACUAGUGGAGUCAGAAAGGCUUUAUAACCAGUGUGUCAUAUGCCUGCUCCUUAAAGGUAUGUGUUGGGUUUUGUUUUUGUUUUCUGCUACAUUCACUUUAGUUUUUUAAUAAAUAUUUUACAAAAAUGAC